AUGUGUUCUAGUAAUACAUAAUUAAUCAUUUUGAAGAAUAUCUCCUUAAAAUAUAUAUUAAAUUUCUUAUUUGACAAAAUAAGUUUUGAUUUAAGCAAUUUUAUUAAAAAAAUAAAACGAUUUUAUUAUUUUGUUGGCAAAAUCGAUGGAAGCCACGAUAGCCUUGAUGAUGUAAACUCAAAGAACGAGUAUAUACAAUGUUUUGUUUUAGAUAGUCCAUUUUUAUUUUGGAAGAUGUAGUGAUAAAUUUAAUGAAACUAAAACUACGCACUUCAAAUAUAAUAAAUAAAAGAUUGUAUCAAUUGAUAAGAAGUAUAAAAUCUAAAUAAUUCAAGAUGCAAUAUUUAGAUUUUUCCAAUUUCAUAUUAAUAAGGUCUAUUUGCCUUACAUUUAAAAAAUCACCUGUCCAAUACUAAUGUUGGCAUCAAAGUAAGAUAGUCUAAUUCCUUAAUAUCAUUUUGAUACAAUAUUUUAGGGGUAUCUAGGGAUAAGAGAUAGAUUGUUUUGUGAUGUAAUCAUAACGAAUAAAUAUCAACUGAAAUCAUUAAGACUAUUAUUGAAUUUACAUAAGCUAUGA